AUGUUCACGGUAAAACAUAAAACGUUAGCGACUUACCACCCCAGAUCAAAUGGACAGGCAGAACGUUUUGUGGAUACUUUUAAAAGAGCUUUGAGAAAAGCAAACAAGAAAGCCACAGACAAAGUCACUCUGCAGCAAUUCCUAAGGGUAUUCAGGGUGACACUGAACCCCAAUUCACCUGCAGGAAACUCACCAACAGAACUGAUGUGCACGAGGAAGGUGAAAUCAGUUUUUGAUAAACUGUUACCUGGCAAAGAAAGAAAAAGUACCAGGAAAGACAAUCUAAAAUUUUUCAAAAUUGGUGAUGAGGUAUACAUGAGGUCGUAUAAAAACGGAAAACAGUACUACAAAGAAGGGGAAAUUACAAAGUACAGAGGAAAAAUGAUGCACGGAAUUAAAAGCAGGAAAGGUACUGAAAAAAGAUACAGAAACCAAUUGAAGAAGAGAUUCAUAGAAAAUGGACCAGACAGAUUAGAAGAACCUAUGGAAUGGUUGUAUGAUACAUUCCAGGUACUAAUACCGUUUCAGGUGUUUGAACCCACGCGUACAAGUGGAAUAAAAAGGUAG